AUGAAUAGUUGUCUCUCAAAUUCCCAAUACCUCGCAAACAUCGACACCUACAAAAAAGUGUUCCAUAUCAUAACAGUCAUCGAAGUUCCAAUCCAUAUUUAUGGGGCAUGGUGUGUUAUGUUCAAUACGCCGGCAAACAUGCUUUCUGUGAAACCCUUCUUACUAUGGACCUAUUUUCUUAGUGUGACCGUUGAUUUGGCCAUUAGUUUUGUCUCCAUACCAUAUGUCAUGUUUCCGUCUUUUUCUGGAUACGCCUUUGGAGUUGUCGGGCGUGCAGAUAUAUUGAUUUACGUUGACUUGGUUUUGAUAGCUUUUGUCGUCAUGUCAAUAAUAAGUGCGUACGAAAAUCGAUAUUAUAUUCUUUCGGCACGAACAAGAAAUCCUUGGUGGAGCAAAAAGCGGAAAUAUCUAUUAAUUUUUAACUAUAUUUCUGCUGUCUUAUACGUAUGUCCCAUAUUCCUAAAUGCCCCCGAUCAGGAACGCGCUGUCGGUAAAGUUUCUGAAAUUUUGAACUGCACCGCUGAGCCCUACAUAGAUGACCGACGACUUUUCGUGGCAGGUCUUGACUUCAAAAUUCCAUUUGUUUGUAUUAUGUUUGAAUCUUUACUGGUUGCAAUUGAAGGUUUCACUUUCCUGAUUUUGGUCGUCAAGAAAUUGAUGAGUACAACCCAAACAUCUACAUUAUCAAUACGAACCCAAUCUCUACAAAAGAAAUUAGUGAAAGCAGUUGUACUUCAAUCUAUUGUACCUAUUGUGGUGAUAGCCAUACCUGUUUUCGGAGAGAUGAUAUCUACUAUUUUUGACUAUAGAAACCAGAAUUUGACCAAUUUAUGUGUUAUAAUAGGCUCGUCUCAUGGAGUACUUUCUACAAUUGUCUUGGUAUUUAUUUAUCAACCAUACCGAAAAGCCACGUGGAAUUUAUUGACGUUUUUCUGCAAGAGGAGGAAACAAUUGGCGUUGAAUAAAAAAUUUGCUGCAGUUGGAGUUAUAAAAACGUAA